AGGGUCAAAAACUUUUUGAAAGGAGCUUUUAGUAAGACCCGUUCUAUACCAACAAAAAGAAUUGCCACGCCAACGCCGCUUUGAAUGGUUGAGUCGUGCGUCGGGCGACCAUUGUUUUUAGUGUUGGGUUCUGCUUGUGUUGCUGCUACCAGGGCUAAGCUGUCAAUUCGGUUCCGCUCUAAAGUUUCUUCCGUUUUCUCCCUGCGAGCUAUGGCAAAAACCACACCGUCGCAGUCGCCUUCGCCGCCGACGCCAAAGAAACUGAGGCACGAUAUGGAGUUGUUCGGGGACGUUAGAGUAGACAACUACUACUGGCUCCGUGAUGACUCUCGUUCUAACCCAGAGCUCCUCUCUUACCUCCACGAAGAAAAUGCUUACACAGAUUCUGUAAUGUCUGGGACCAAACAAUUAGAGGAUCAUAUUUAUACCGAGAUAAGAGGAAGAAUUAAAGAAGAUGACAUAUCUGCACCCAUGCGGAGAGGAUCAUACUUUUACUACACGAGGAACUUGGAGGGUAAGGAAUAUGUCCAACAUUGUAGAUGCUAUGUGCCUACAAGUGGAGCUCCAACAUCUGUUUAUGAUACGAUGCCAACUGGACCUGAUGCUCCUUCUGAGCAUAUUAUCUUGGAUGAGAAUGUGAAAGCUCUAGAACAUGCAUAUUACAGUAUUGGUGCUUUCAAAGUCAGCCCAAAUAACAAGUUAGUUGCAUAUGCAGAGGACACAAAAGGGGAUGAAAUAUACACUGUUUAUGUUAUUGAUGCAGAGUCUGGAAUGCUGGUUGGGAAACCUCUGGUUGGUGCCAUUACAUCAUAUCUCGAAUGGGCAGGUGAUGACGCAUUGGUUUACGUCACAAUGGAUGAGAUCCUUCGACCAGACAAGGUCUGGUUGCAUGAAUUGGGAACUAACCAGUUAGAUAACUCUUGCCUUUAUCAUGAAAAUGACGAAACAUUUUCUUUGGAUCUUCAAGCAUCUGAGAGCAAGAAAUAUUUAUUUAUUGCAUCUGAGAGUAAAAUUACCAGAUUUGUCUUUUAUCUAGACACUUCAAAACCUGAAAAUGGAUUGGUGGUAUUAACAUCACGUGUGACUGGCAUUGACACAUCAGCUAGUCAUCGUGGAAAUCAUUUCUUCAUCAAGAGGAGAAGUGAUGAAUGUUUCAAUUCAGAAUUACUUGCAUGCCCUGUGGAAAACAUAUCUGCUACCACUGUUCUCCUUCCUCACCGUCCAAGCAUUAAGCUCCAGGACAUACAACUUUUUACCGACCAUCUUGCUGUUCAUGAACGUGAAAAUGGUCUACCCAGAAUUACUGUAUAUCGCCUUCCUGCUGUUGGAGAGCCACUAGAAAGACUUCAAGGUGGUCGUGCUGUUGAUUUUGUUGAUCCUGUAUACUCUGUUGAUCCAUUAGAAUCAGAAUUUGAAUCCGGUGUACUCAGGUUUUCCUAUAGCUCAAUGAGAACCCCACCUUCUGUAUAUGAUUAUGAUAUGGACACAGGGGUUUCGGUGCUGAAGAAGAUUGAAACGGUACUGGGAGGCUUUGAUGCAUCAAAUUAUGUAACUGAGAGGCAAUGGGCUACUGCUUCAGAUGGCACACAGAUACCUAUAUCAAUAAUCUAUCAAAAAAAUCUUGUAAAACUUGAUAGUUCAGAUCCGUUGCUUCUUUAUGGUUAUGGAUCCUACGAGAUAUGUAUUGAUCCCACUUUCAAGGCGUCACGCUUUUCUCUGUUAGACAGGGGUUUCAUUUACACUAUUGCUCACAUUCGUGGAGGUGGUGAAAUGGGGAGGCAGUGGUAUGAAAAUGGGAAACUGUUGAAAAAGAAAAAUACUUUCACAGAUUUCAUUGCUUGUGCAGAAUAUUUAAUAGACAAGAAGUACUGUUCCAAGGAAAAGCUUUGUAUCAAUGGAAGAAGUGCAGGUGGAUUGCUGAUCGGUGCUGUUGUUAACAUGCGUCCUAAUUUGUUCAAAGCCGCUGUUGCUGGGGUUCCUUUUGUAGAUGUUGUAACUACAAUGCUUGAUCCAACUAUUCCUUUAACAACUUCAGAGUGGGAGGAAUGGGGUGAUCCACGUCAGGAAGAAUUCUAUUCCUACAUGAAGUCAUAUUCCCCUGUUGAUAAUGUCAAAGCACAGAAUUAUCCAGACAUUCUUGUUACAGCUGGCUUGAAUGAUCCACGUGUUAUGUACUCUGAGCCAGCAAAGUUUGUGGCCAAGUUGAGAGAUAUGAAGACGAAUGAUAAUUUACUCUUGUUCAAAUGUGAAAUGGGUGCAGGACAUUUUUCAAAAUCUGGAAGAUUUGAGAAGCUCCAGGAGGAUGCCUUCACCUACACUUUCAUACUCAAAGCUCUCAAUAUGCUAGGCUCUGAUCAACAAUGAUGAAAUAAUGUUGAUAUAUUCCUAUUUUUUCAACAAUUCUUAACAUUUAGUAAUGUCUUAUUUUUGGUUCAAAAUCUGAUCUUUGUACUCAUUUUAUUGACUUUGAUUGGCUUCUACUAUUUUGUCGACGAUCCUUAACACUCUUUUAUUGAUUAGUUUUGGUUCCAAAUCUGAUGGUUGUCCACAUUAGUUUGUGUUUUUUUUUCC